AUGCUUGACAGACUACCCCCUGAGGUUCUUCUCAUAGCACUGGAACCGGCUGACUUAUCACAACCUGGAAUCAGCGAGACAUGGCACCAUGUUGACUCCCUACUCCGAGCACCUGUCUCCCCAGUUGACUUACUAGUUCACAUGAGAGAUAUUGAGAUUCAGGAAAACCGCUCCUGGCCCGAUGAUGAGUGUUUACACAACUAUAUGCGGAUGAGAGGAUACGACAAUUACGAAGGAGUUAGAAUAGAGGGAGAUGAAGAAGUACGCUAUCUGCCUUCCAAGCUACUGCAGGUGUUUUCAAGAUGUGCAGCGGAUAGGCUCCAAAGAUUUAGCUGGGACGUUGGCAACUGUGUACCCAGCGAAAUUCUCGGUGUCUCUGGAUAUCUUACACUGAAUCAGCGCAAACUUGUAGCUAUUCAUCUAAGAACAGGUAGCUCUUGUGCUGCUGGCAGCAGUAAUAUCUUGCUAUCAAGGUUUGCGUGUUUAAGAAGCAUAUCAUGGCCUGACCUACGUUGGAAACGUCAUGUUCGUGAACUGUGUUCAGCAUUGAAACUGAAUGCGUUCCAUCUUACUCUCAUUAACUUGGGAGUCACGGAUACAUCUAGUUACAAAGUAACGCAAUCCAUACGAUCAAUGCUCGUCAAAAAGAUCUUGGACAUGCAUGACUGGAGAACAAGCUGCCGAUUUCCCGUUCUUCGAUAUCUUUCAUUGUAUUUCAUGGACUUGACACCGAUAUCCCACGCCUUUUCAUCUAUCUUCAACAUCACCACACUUUUAUCCUUGAGUCUGCGUCUGUGCCAAUCCUGGGAGUAUGCCUUACUCAACUUUCUCAACUCUGGAUCCAGAAUCGCCUUGAAGUCUUUGACGCUGGAGACUGGUAUGAGGCGAGCUGGAGGAGAUAGUGUCUCUGCACUACCAGCUUUCCUUAAUCCGUUCGAAGGGCUAGAAGAGUUGUACAUCUCAACUUAUUGUUUUAUAAGUCCAGUUCCAAUAUGGCAAUCUGUGUUUACCCACAAGAAAACAUUGAGAAAGCUCGUAUGCCAGCAAGAAUAUAUUGAUGAUUACCAGUCCGAGGAACAUGGUCUUUACUUGGGUGCAACCGGCUUUCUUGAGCAAUUGACGGGUACUGACCAAAACCCAUUCGUCGGUCCCAAGCUUGAGUUUUUAGGCAUCUCCAGCAAUGAUUUCAGUACUUUGAAGUCUAUUUUGACCUCGCCAGGUAUCAAAGCAAAUAUUCGUGUUCUCCAUCUGAGGCGGCGCAAAGGCUUUUACGAUCCGUCAUACUUGGUAACCCCCGACUGUUGGGAUGAUAUUAGCGAUAAGAACCUGCCAUCGUUUCGUCAGUUCCUAACAUGGGCCUUUGGAUCCGAUGGCCCCCUUGAACUUCAAGCGGUGGGCCAUUACGCCUCCGAGUUUACGCAGCCUAGCGAUGUGUUCUACUUUAGAGAUGCACAGCACGGGGAUGGAUAUCGUUGCGUCAUUCGGCGCCGCGGGCAACGAUUCGAUUUAUUUCGGCAGUAUGGUUAUUCUUUGGAUGCAUGUCGGCACGAUGAAAGCUUUUGGAUUGACGGACCGACGGACUGACGGACUGAUUCAGUACCUUACUUGAUCGCUACGGUGUAAAGCCGUUGAGAGGCAGACUCGGAUCUGACAAUAGUCCUUCUUUUCCUCUCUGGCACAGAAGCUUAGUUGUAAUAUUAAUUCCAUUGAGGGUCG